UGCUCUGUCCAAUUAACACAAAACUUAGGCUAGUAAGUUCCCAUGCCCCUCCGAGGCUUUAUGCAAAAUCUGGCACCAAUUGGCCACUAGGUGGCCUUACAAAUGAAGUGAUCUCAUAUCUCCACAUCACAGAAUGUGUUUUAAUCUGAACCAGCGUCAAAUGCUUUGCAGUCAAUGUGUUCAAAUUUACUUUCACUUCCCGUUUCCUGAGAAGAGAAAGGAACAGAUAAAGAUUUAAAAGAAAAGGAUGGAAAGGAAAGAAAAGGGCCUGUUCAUUCCCGUCUCCUUACUCACACGUUGACUCACACAGUUUACUCAUGACUGUGACGUUACUGGAUGUGGUUUAUAUAGCAGCACUCUGCCGGUGUUGGAGAUCAGAUCAGAGCUCACACCUCUCCAGAGCAGAGCAGAGACGCUGAACACUUAUAGUUUGUCUUUUUAAUCGACAUCAUUCCUCACUUGACCAUGUACACCCGAUACAACAGGAGAGGAUAUCCUGAAAAUGUUGUUGACAGUCAGCACUUGAAGCUGGAUGAUUUGAAAGAGGAAGCUCUGGAAAUAAGGCUGACAAACCAGUACCUUUACAAAGAAAACAUCCCGGCUUCCCCUCGACCAGAGUUUCAUGUGUCUCAUCUGAAACACGACACAAACAGAGAUGGACUAAGAGGCAUCAAGACUGAUGAAGGCUUCAGGAACCCGGUCAGAGGCUCUCUGCUGUGGUGGAGUCUGGCUGUGGGACCUGAUGAGAUAGCGUCAGCUGAGAGGAGGCUCCUGGAGACGACCUUCCCGGACCGGACGGAGGAGCAGGUCCAGAAGCAGCAGAGCUUCCUGGAGAAGUUUACCACCUCCCCGGCCUUCGAGCAGACCUCCAGGCUGGGCUCGUACCGCCUCACCUUCCCCCUGGAGGAGGUGCUGAAGGCCUACAGCGAGCAGUUUUGCAGCGGCGCUCAGCCCGUCAUGCGGGUGUACGAGACCGUCCUGUACAAAAAGGAAGUGAUGUACGUUGUGCUGGUCCACAGCCCAGCCAAUCAGGAGCGGUUCUCUAAAUAUCCUUUGCUGACUGACGACCCAAACUCUGUCUGCACCUACAGAGACGGCUGCUUCAUCUGGAGGCCUGAGGCCAUGAGUGAGACACACACGUAUAAGUUUGUCUUGAGACAGGAUGCGAUGCAGAUGGAAGCAGCAGAGGCAGAGCAUCCUCAACAGUUUUAUGUCUGGGAUAAUGUUGCCGUCGCCCUGCAUGUGGAUAAACAGGUGCUGAACUUUGAUGCUGAUGGACUGAGAGAGAACCUCACGUUCUGUAGUUUAGGAAGAGCUCCGAUCAAUCGCGACCCUUUUGAUGACUUCACACAAGCUGAAGAGUUUGUUAAAGGAUUGUGGCCUGACUGUUCCUCACCACUGCAGAAAGCUUCAAAGCUAAAUUAAGGGACUCUGUAGUUGUUUUGUCGUUCUAUAUUUGGGGGAUGUUUCUUGUCCAAUGAUGAUUUUCUAACUAUUUUCUUCAAAAAUAUCAGGGUAUUUUAUUUUAAAAUUCUAUAUUUUUAAAAUUAAUUUAAAAAGUUCACAUUUAAAUUUAAUAUAUUUCUCAGUUUAUUAAUGUCGCUGUCACCUGUGUAAGAAAACACGUGACCAGCAUCUCAGCGGCGACCAUUUUGAAUCCAUUCUGGCGUCCUCUUAUUUAAAAGAAAAUUUAAGUUGAGUAUAGUAACGGACUGUCCACUCUGUUGGGUGCAUUGUUGUGGUUUCCAAUUCUUUUAUUAUUUUAAUUCAAAUAUAUGUAUACAGUGUUUGUUCCUGAGGUCAUGGUUAGUGAUGAAAUGUUGAGUGAACUGAAAGCUCUUGUUUGAACCCUUCACCUGCUGCUCAGUGUUUUAUUCACACUACGAAAGCUUGUUCUUCUACAGUGUCUUUGUGUUAAGGAAAUGUAAAACGUAGUGUUCUGUAUUCCUUUAAUGAAUCAUUCUGCACCUAUGAACCGAAGGUUUCGGGUUGAAUAAACACUGUGCUGAUGG